AUGGUUUCUAUCGGUUAUGAGCCUGUGGAGCAUUUGCCAUAUAUUGCUGAAAACAUAAGUCCAGAAGAAAGAGCAAACGUUGAGCAGUUGCUACGCCUAGAGUUAGCAAAUCAAUUCAAUUCCAACAUCACCACCUUUACUGCGCCCGGUGAAAACACUCGACAUUUACUGCAACAUCCGCAAACUGGUACAUUACAGCAUCACAUAGCAGCUAAUCCUGUUUUAAGAAUUGGAUCCAUGCCCUCUAGAGCAGAAGAACCCUCACAAGCGCUACAUUUUCAAACUACAAUGCUUGAUAUGAAUAUACAUCAAUAUGAAGAAGAAUCAGACGAUGGGGAAGACGAAAUAAUGAAUGAAGGGGGAGUCGAUUCAACGUAUUGCCCUGACUUUCCGUUGACUUCACCUUUGGAACAAUCGUCUUCUAUUGGUGGAGACGAUGCGCUUGAUAGUAAUCUGUACAUAAUAUCAGGACGUACACCAUUACAGCAAGGUGACUCAAACAUAUUGAUACGACUGAGUCAGGAACUACAAACCUUUCAUCUAAGACCUGUAACAGAGGUUGACAAUGUAAGUAGUGAUUUGAUGUCAACUACUAAUAUUAAAAGAAAAACGAUGGAUGAAGUCAAUGGCAUGCGGAAGAAACGACAAUUGAACAGUAUUGAAAACAACCGAGAAAGCUUUCAGCAGCACUGGAGGCAAGAGUUGAGAAAUGCGUUGAACGUGAAAGAGGCAAAGAAGACUAAAUAG